AGAUCGAUAUCAUAGAGCCUCUCUACGUGAUACUGCAGAAACAGGAGGAGGAAGUUCUCACCAACAUUACACUUCAGCUGUCAGUCUGACGUUCAGACAGUUGGCAGGAAGACACCAUGGAGGUCAGAGCUCUCUGCAUCAGACUGUUGAUGGAUGUGUUGAUGCUGUUGGUUGAACCAGUUCAUCCUAAUCACACUCAGGAAAGUGGUUUUGCUCAGAUCAUUCCAACCAGACUGCAGCUCUUUGAAUACACCUUCGUCUCCUUUAACUGUGAGGGUCUGAGAGCCCCAUCCGGAUGGACCGUCAUGAGGAACACCAACAGUAAAGUCAGCGAGUGUGUCAGUACCUGGAAGACAGCGACAGGCUCCAUCUGCGCCAUCAAACCUGCUUAUCAAACGGACAGUGGAGAGUACUGGUGCGAGGCCGGAGGAGAGAGGAGCAACGCUGUCAACAUCACUGUCACUGCUGGUUCUGUGAUCCUGGAGAGUCCGGCUGUCCCGGUGACGGAGGGAGCUGCCGUGACUCUGCGCUGUAGAAGCAAAAGGAUCUCCUCUACCCACAUAGCAGAUUUCUAUAAAGAUGGACUCUUCAUUGGAUCCAGCUUCACAGGAGAGAAGAUCAUCCAGCAUGUUUCUAAAUCUGACGAAGGACUUUACAAGUGCAGCAUCUCUGACUCUGGAGAGUCAGCAGAGAGCCGGCUGGCUGUCAGAGAGCUCCACAGAGAGACCAGUCCCUCACCUCAUCACCCAGACACUGAAUGUCACACUUACCUCAUCAUGAGAACUGUUUUCACCGUCUUGUUGGUGGCUCUGCUGCUGGUGGUGGUCGGACAGCUUCACUGUGGGAAAGUCAGAGUUACACAGAAAUACGUAUGCAUAUGUAAAGUCUGCAAAGGCAGCUGCCAAAGUGACCGAAGCGAAAAAGUAAACGACAAAGAAUGCUGAAUGUAGAGAGUACUAAAAU